AACAGCGGUAGCAACAGCAACAACAACAAUAUGCGAUAAAAGUCGGCUGCGAGAUGGGCUGAAUUUGUUUACGUGUCUUCUUCACCAGUCAGAGCCAAAAAAACUGACGCGAAAGCUAGAAGCACCACAACCUGUCGCAGCGCGUAACAACAAUUGACAACUGCAGCUGCGUGGUGGCGCACACGCACAUUAUUCGAAAUUGUCGUUGCCUUUAACAAAAAGAUUUGACUCGUAAGCAAACAUAGAGCACUUAUUGUUUAUCUUUAAAAACAAGAGGUGCUUUUUUUGUAAUCUAAGAGUGUCAAGCGGCCCAAGAAUAUCUCUUCAGCCAAACACGAAAACGCGCCAUGAAUAUACACAUGAACACGAACACUCUCAAGUACAUUAGCCUCCUAACGCUAACGCUUCAGAAUGCGAUUUUGGGUCUCAGCAUGCGCUAUGCGCGUACUCGUCCUGGCGACAUCUUUCUUAGCUCAACGGCGGUUCUGAUGUCGGAAUUUGCCAAACUCAUAACCUGCCUGAUAUUAGUUUUCAAUGAGGAGGGGAAAGAUGCUCAAAGAUUUGUCCGAUCUCUGCACAAAACGAUCGUGGCCAAUCCCAUAGAUACGCUGAAGGUGUGCGUGCCAUCGCUGGUGUAUAUUGUACAGAAUAAUCUGCUGUACGUGUCAGCCUCGCAUUUGGAUGCGGCCACAUACCAAGUGACAUACCAGCUGAAAAUAUUGACCACGGCCAUGUUCGCUGUCGUCAUAUUACGGCGCAAGUUGCUAAACACUCAAUGGGGCUCUCUCCUGCUCCUGGUCGCUGGCAUUGUGCUCGUCCAACUGGCACAAACGGAUGGCGGUUCAGCUGUGAAAGCGAAAGAUGAAACAGGACCUGUACAGAACCGUAUGCUGGGCCUGUGGGCAGCAUUGGGUGCUUGCUUUCUAUCAGGCUUCGCCGGCAUUUAUUUUGAGAAGAUACUUAAAGGAGCCGAUAUCUCUGUGUGGAUGCGGAAUGUGCAGCUGAGUCUGCUCAGCAUACCCUUUGGUCUGAUCACCUGCUUCGUGAACGAUGCCAGUCCUAUAUAUGAAAAGGGCUUCUUCUACGGCUACGAUAUGUUCAUCUGGUAUUUGGUUUUGCUGCAAGCAGGAGGCGGUCUUAUUGUGGCCGCUGUUGUUAAGUAUGCGGACAAUAUACUGAAAGGUUUUGCCACUUCACUGGCCAUCAUAAUCUCAUGCAUAGCAUCAAUAUACAUAUUUGAUUUUAAUCUGACGCUGCAAUUCUCAUGCGGCGCCGGCCUGGUCAUUUCCUCAAUCUUCCUUUAUGGCUACGAUCCGGGCCGUCACGCCUCAAAACCAACAAUGCAGCAGCAACAGCAGUCGGCGGCGGAUGAGGAGAAGCUUCUGCCGCGUGUGUGACGCUCUGACACCUGAAACUCUAAAGUUGAACAGUAUUUGUCUAGUGGUUGCCGUCAUAAUCAUUAUCAUCAUCAUCAACAUCAUCAUCAGCAGCAGUUGUUUAAUGAGCUGUUGUUGCCCUCGAUCGUUGAUCGCCGGGCAACGUUGUGUGAUUGCCUCUGUGUACUUCAUCUGAUAUUUGCAUUGUGUAUUUUUGGAAUAUAGAGCUGGCUGCUCAUCUCCACAAAGUGCGUUUAAACGGUCUUUCGUUUAUACGUUUAUUCAAUUUUUAAGUCCUAUGUAUGUAUGUACUAUAUAUGUAUCCUAUCUCUACACUAUUAUGUUUUUAUCACGCAGACAUGUUUUUAAAAGUGUUUGCAAUUAUGUUUUUCAAUAAAAACAAUGUAAAACAUAAA